UAUACAAGAAAACCCUCCCUCUUCUUCACCGCCUCUCCACUUCCAAAGCCCUCUCUCUCUCUACUCUCUCUCUCUCUCUCUCUUGAACCCAUACAUUCAUAGGAGAAAAAACCAGAGCACUCUCACUCUGCUUUGUUCAAACUGGCGAUCGACAAUCAAGAAAACAGUGUCCGUGAAAUCAAGCCCAAGAACAGGCGAAUCAUGGGAGCUGGUGGACCUGAUGAAGAAGACAACAUGUGGCCGCCAUGGUUGAAGCCUCUGCUUCGAGAGAGCUUCUUCGUUCAAUGCAAGUUACAUGCAGAUUCACACAAGAGUGAAUGCAAUAUGUAUUGCUUGGAUUGUAUGAAUGGUCCUCUCUGUUCUCUGUGUCUUGGAUACCACAAAGACCACCGUGCCAUUCAGAUAAGGAGAUCAUCAUACCAUGAUGUGAUCAGGGUUUCGGAGAUUCAGAAGUAUUUGGACAUCACAUCAGUUCAGACCUACAUUAUCAACAGUGCAAAGGUAGUGUUCCUGAAUGAGAGGCCACAGCCGAGGCCCGGCAAAGGCGUCACCAACACCUGCGAGGUCUGUGAGCGCAGCCUCCUCGAUUCCUUCCGAUUUUGCUCUCUCGGUUGCAAGAUUGUUGGGACAUCAGGAAAUUUCGAAAAGAAAAAGAAGCAUUUUCCGGGAAAGAAGCAGCCGGCGAUGAUGGCGUCGUCGGACUCGGAGGGUUCUUAUUGCAGUAGCAGCCAUGGCCGGCAGAAGAGCAACAGCAGCAACAAGGUCCAGAGCUUCACUCCGUCAACGCCGCCACCAACUGUUGUUAAUUACAGAACAGCCAAGCGAAGAAAGGGUAUUCCCCACAGAGCCCCAAUGGGAGGACUCAUCAUAGAAUACUGAAAAUUACUCUGAGACCCCAACGACACUUAUUAGCUAUCAGAAUGGCCCCUCAUCCCCCCAUCGACACUAGUGCUUUUACCAAAAAGGCCAGUGUGUUGUAUAUAUAGAAGCAGCCGAUAGAAAUAUGAUCGAAAUAGAAGGGCAAGAGUGAGAAUAAGACAAUGUGAAAGGACUGAUGGGUGAAAAUCAAAAAAAUAAUAUAAGUUUUAGCUGAAAAAUAUAUAUUUAUAUAGGGUGCUCUGUUUGGUAGAGUGGUUUAUAGUAUUUUUUUUUUUAUUUUUUUUAUACAUAAGUUUUGGGUUAUAAUGUAAAUACUGUUUUGUGGUAGGGGUUAGUGAGGGAAAUGACAAUAUUGUAACUCCUUGGAAAUCGGAGGGUGUCCGUAUAUGGAAAAUGAAAUAAAUAGAAAUUACCUAAUUAUGUAAUGUUAGUGCAAUGAAACUUUCUAUUUAUAGAAA